AUGAGGACUCACCUGCCGUGCUCAGCCCCGGUGGAGCGGCCCCGCGCCCCGGGCCGGAGCGGCCGCGCCCCGCGCAGCGCGGCGGGCCCGGAGCCGGCGGCGGCGGGGCCGGUGGGCGGGAUCCUCCGCCCGGGCCUCCCCGGGGCUCCCCGCCCCCGGCCCGCCCCGCCGCGGGGGCCGUACAGCCCCGAGCACCCCCGGCCCCACACCGGGUCCUCUCCAGCCAACCGCCCCCGGGAGACGCUCUGCCCCGAGACCGCAGCCCGGGGCAGGGGGAGGGAACAGGGGAGACCCGGUGAGGAUCUGUCGGGACCCCCGAGUCCGGGUCAGCCGAUGCCAGCGGCUCCCGGUGGGCUCCGAGCCCCCAGCCCCACCGCGUCCCACCCCCGACCCCGUGGGGGAGCAGCCCCGACGACCCCUGCCCGCCCCGUCUCCCCGGGCGCUGUGCACCCCCCGCUCUGCCCCCCGCCGCUCCCCGCCGCCCCCAACCCCACGGGGGGAGCAGGACUUCAUCCCCCUCCCAACUCCGGGGUCAAGGUGCCCCUCCCGCCCGCAGUCUCCGCGCCUGGUACCGGCAUCGCUUACUCGGGGAAACCCGAGCCGCGGCAGGAGGCGGGGGCCAAGAGCCUGGUGCCCUGGGUGGGGGGAACAGGAGCGGGCCCCCAGCCCAGCCCCGAGCUGCCCAAGUCGGGGGUCGCUGGGCUGGGCAGGGACUCGGUGCCGCGUGGGGCCCCGGGACACCGGCGGGGCCUGCUCAGGACCAUGGAGAGCGGCCGCCGUUACCGGGGCCCCGGGACCGCCUCCCUCCCCGCAGCAGUGGGGCUCGCCCCGGCGGGACACCGGCACCGGGCACCGGGCACAGGCACCGGGGCCGUGCCCUUGCCGUGCCGCAGCAAGGACGGCGUCGGCCGCCCGCCGCCCGGCCCCGGUGGCGGGAGAGCCCGGCCCUGCGCAGAGACAUUCUCCCGCUACUCGGGGAGGAUAAACCGUUUACCGGACGUCUGGCCUGGAUCUCCACUCAAUUAG